GGUACCCGGCUUCAUAACCACCACUCUACUGUUUCUUCCUCUGCUUCAGAUGAUGGUGUCUCCAGCUCAUAGAGGAUUCAAUUGUUAGAAGUCCAGUGAACUCUGCUAUAACAUAUGGAUGAUCUUGGAAUAUGGCCAGAAUGUAAUGGAUGCUGAAGAUACUUGGAAGAUCAGUCUUUCCUGGAGAAGAAGGGAGCAUUGCUGGGCACUGGACACUACAACUGCUUCUGCCCCAGAACCGAAUUUCCACAUUGAUUAGUCAACAGUGGAAAAUCUGAAGAGAUGCGAGCAGGAAAAAGAAACUAAGACAGGCCUGAAGAGCGAUGCACCAGGCAUGAUGGAGGUUGAGUCCUCCUACUCGGACUUCAUCUCCUGUGACCGGACGGGCCGUCGGAACGCGGUCCCUGACAUCCAGGGAGACUCUGAGGCUGUGAGCGUGAGGAAGCUGGCUGGAGACAUGGGCGAGCUGGCAAUCGAGGGGGCAGAAGGACAGGCAGAGGCGGGCGCCCCAGACAAGGAAGCUAGCAACCAGCCUGCGAGCAGCGACGGGACCACCUCGUCUUGAGUCUGACCUUGCCCAGGGAAGCUGGACGAGACACCUGCUGCGGAUGGGGAGCCCUGGCACUGGCCCGGCAGCCUCUUCUCUGAGCUCUGUGUCCCCGGCAAACCAGCCCAGACUGAAAGGCACUCCCGGGGCCGUUGUGGCCCCUACCCUGGGAAGGCCCUCUGCCCGCACCCACAGGCUCCACGCUCCACCAUCUCCUCACCAUGGCCUGAUACACUUUCAAGACGGUAACCACAGGCUGUUCUUUAUUCAGCGGGCACGGGGACUCAGGGGCUGGGCCCUGCCCACCUGGGUAAGCAGCCCACCCGAGAACGCUCCUCUCACAGGCGUCCUGGGCAGGGACCACGUCCCAGCUCUGCCCCCUCUUCAACCCUAACCGUCUGGGUCAAGACCUUCUUAUCCUUUUUUUAAAAAACACUUUUAAACUUUUUAAAAACUUUAAACUUUUUUUCAGCAGAGAGGGAGCUGACAAUUCACUUUUUUUUUUGGAAACCAUGGUAAGCUAAACUCUUUGACCAUCUAUGCAGCUCUGAGGUUCCCUCAUGGAGCUUCACAGAUCAUUUUUAGGGAAGGGAUUUUGUGCUCAAAACUAUCAACUCUUUGCCCUUUCUACCAAGAUAAGUGACACCUAGGACCCAGGAAAUAAAUGCUGAUGAUUUGUG